AUGGCCUCCUGGUUUGGGGGGAGCGCGGGCCCCGACCCCCUCAUGGUCCUGCUGGUGAUUAUCUUGCUGGCGCGCUUCAUUCUGUGGUCCUGCCUCGGGAGGUACAUUGACUACAGACUGGCCCGGCGGCAGCAGCCCCCCAAACCCAAGGAGGACUAG